GCAGCUUCAUUUCAUUCACUGCUCAUUCUGAGUGCAGACUGCAGACACAGAGAAGAAGCUGAAACAAAAUGACUACACAAGGUCAGGACCAGAAAAGAUACGACCCCAAAGACACGACUCUGAAGUUUGUCAACAGACAGGAUGAUCUGGAUCCAAUGCCUCCAGAGGAGGGAGACGAGACUCUCCGAGCAGAGAUGUCCUGCGGUCAUGCCGUCACCCCAGAGUCUCUCACUGGGUGGUGUCGCAGCCUGCUGGAUCAGGGCCAGUACAAAUUUAAGUGCCCUGCUUUAAAGGACGGCACCUUGAAGAAGUGUGAGAAAGAGUGGUCUUAUCAAGAGGUGCGCAGGCUGGCGGUGCUGCAAGCUGAAGAGAUGCAGUACUUUGAAGAGAACAUGGCCCGUCUGGCUGCCUCGGAAUACUGUGAUUACAAAACAUGUCCUGGGUGUAAAACCUAUGUGGAGCGAGAGGACCCGACCAACCUCAGUGUGCGGUGCACAGUCUGCGUAGCAGACAAGAAGACACUUUACGAGUUCUGCUGGCAGUGUAUGAAGCAGUGGAAAGGUGCGGCUCCGCGCUCUGACCGCUGCGACAACGACGGCUGCAUCAACCACGACCUCGAGCUCCUGAAGAACUGCAAGACCAGCGUCCUCCAGCAGGUGGAAGGUCUCAAGCCGUGUCCCUCCAUCCGGGCCUGUCCCACCUGUGGUCAGAGGGUGGAGCACGACAAAUUGGGCUGUAAGAACAUCAUCUGUCCUCGCUGUCUGGUUGAGUUCUGCUUUGUGUGUCUGAAGCUCACUCCUAAAUGCCUGGAGACGAGCUCUUACUUCAUACAGUGCAGUGAUGGCGUCGCUCCCAGACAAACCUCCAUACCUGUGUGGCGCAGAAACUAAGAGGGGACCUGCACACAUUCAGUCCUCGUGAUAUAGCUUACUGCCUUCCUCUAUCAUGCUAUCUUUUACUUUUCCUGUUAGAUUUCAUUGUAAGAUUGCCACCGAAACCAAACGUGUAGAGCAUUCACAAUAUCUGCUGUGUUUCCUCAUAAUGUUGCAUACUGUACCAUUUGUAACGUUGCCACUGAAGGCUGCUUCCUUAGAAUGGAUCUUUGUCCAAUAAUAGUUCAUCAGUAAUAAAUGUGUCACUAAAUAAAGGUACCUUUAACAUGA